AUGGGCGCGCAACUCCACACACCUGAAAGACGUAGUCGGAACUUUAAAAAGUACCCGUGGAUUAUGAACGACUACGUUGUUCCAGAAGACCUAGUCAUCUCACUACAGGCUGGUAUUGACUAUUACCGGAGCCAACAGGCUGCUGAACACAAAGCUCAAAACGAGGAUCACAAUGUUGUGGAUCUCAUUUGUACUCCAAGCUCCGCCGACGACACAACACUGGCAGUCUGGGUCACACCAGAGCUCGAUCUGUUCUCGAGGUACAUUAACGUUGCCCAUUUGUUGUUGCUUAUUUGA